UGAACGACAGCCACUGACCGACAAGAACAAAACCGACCCAGGAAACUUGGGCAAAAGCCUCGAUCCUGUGUAUCAAUCCGUGAAUCCUUUAACCAGCUCCGUGUUUAGUUGCACCCACCAUUUUUGGCGCCCUGUUCAGUCCGCGAGAAUGUACAACGGAAUCGGCUUACCCACUCCCCGUGGCAGCGGAACUAAUGGCUAUGUACAGCGGAAUCUCGCGUUUAUAAGCACUUUCAAAGAAAAGAUACCAUACAAAACGGAUGACGAUGUCAAGCGGGCAGAUGCUGCCCACUUCAAAGAACCAAACAAGGAAAUUUUGGAACACGAACGCAAACGAAAGAUCGAGGUAAAAUGCUUCGAGUUGGAGCAACUUAUGGAAGAACAAGGUUACAUGCAGUCGGAAAUCACGCGGAAGGUUUCUGCUUUCCGCGCGUCGCUCCUUGAGGAGUUGAAAGCUGAAGAUCGGAAGAAGUCAGUGGUGGCCGUUUCUGUGCCGGUUGCCCCUGAGCCGGAGACUGGUCGAAUUAUACCGAAGGGGACGCACGAAACGGCAGCCGUGAAUGUUCUGAAGAACACCGUAUUCAAAGAGGCGCUUGGUAUCGGUGCUGACUUUCAGGAUGGCAAUUCUCUUGUACAAGCCAAUCAAAGACGUGAAGAAGAGAUGGAAAAGAAGCGUCUUCUAGAAGCCCAAGCUGAGUUGAAAGCGCUUGAAAGCUCCAGUGAUGAAUCGGAAAAGAUAAAGGAAAGGACCAAACACCGGAAGUCCAAAACCAAGAAACACAGGAAACGAUCUCCCUCACCGUCUUCNUCGGAAGAGUCGAAAAGGGCUCAGAUUCAGAGAGGGAUGAAAGUGACAGGGAGCACAAGCGCCGCAAAAGGAAGCACCGUUCCUCCGUCAAAAGCCAUUCGAAGAAGCGAAAGCACUCUCACUCCCAUAGACGCAAGCAUCGGCACUGACCUCUUGAGGCCCGAUCCAUGUACAGUCUUUCUCGGCUCAGCGAUUUUUUUUCGAAAUCUCCACCGGCACUGUGCUACUUAUGUGUGA